AUGGACACAAUCAGAAAAAAUGAUGAUGAAUUGUGUAGAGUCUGUGCGAGUGCAGUGGGGAAAGAAGAGAGCGUACAGAUCUUCGCCGAGGAGGGCAGGAGAAAUUAUUUACAGACGAAAAUGAGGAAAUAUUUGUAUGUCCUGGUGUCCAGGGAGGACCGAUUACCGAAGAUUGUUUGCGAAACUUGCGUUAGACGCCUCGAUGGUAUUCAUCGGUUCGCUACUAUGGCGCACAGGGCACAGGAGAGGCUCAAAUCGCAAUUUUAUGGUACCUCAGGGGAUGAGGACAUCAAACAGGAGGAUCAGAAUGUCUUGGAGGAGAGUGAGAAGAGUUGUAGAGGACUAUUGAGAACGAUAUUGAUGAACAAAGAUGGAGCGGAUGUUCCAGAAGUCCCCAACUCCCCAGACUCGUCAAUCAUCCCUCUGCGUUUACCGGACGCCGAGGGAACUCCCUCAACCACCGAAGAAAUGGAAGUCAAGGUUGAUCCCAUGAUAUUUCUUCAGUGUGGCCUGGAGUUCUCAGCAUCUCCAGAAGUUUCGGACGAAGACUCGGAUUACGAUAAGAAAUCACUCCACAUAAAAGCUUCGUGUGAAGAUGCAGAGAUUCGUCAUAGAAUUAAAGGGAGUAAUUCAAUAAGAUCUCAAGAGGACCAAGAACCAUCGAAUGAUUCAAACCAGAAGACUCACAACUGCACAAUCUGCUCUAGAACAUUUUCUUCCCAACUUAUCCUCCAAAACCAUCUUUGGUCGCAUUUACCAAGGAGCGAUCGUAGUUACCAGUGUGAUAAAUCCCUUCAAGAGAGUAUUACGAGGGAUAGUCACGCUAACAAUGGCGUUCUCAUCUCAAACAAUGAUUCGGAUAAUUCCAGUGGAUUUGGGGGCAAUGCCAGUUUCGUCUGUCCUAUUUGUAAUAAGAAGAUAUCAACGAAAGGGAAUUUAAAGGUGCACUUGGAAACACAUAGGCCUAAAGGAAAAUACGGAUGUGAUAUUUGUGGGAGAAUAUUCAAAACUCAAUCGAAUUUAUUCCGUCACAAAGAUUACCACGGUGGGGUUCAGUUUCCCUGCAGUGUCUGCGGUCGGGUUUACCCGACGAAUUCAACUUUGCGCGCCCACAGUAUCACCCACUCGGACCUAAGACCCCAUGCCUGUCCCCUCUGUGAUAAAACCUUCAAACGCAAUCAAGACUUGAAGUUCCAUAUUAAUCAGCACACGGGAGCUCGACCAUAUCAAUGCCCCUACUGUCCAAAGGCAUUCGCCAGCUCCGGGAAUUGCUUCUCGCAUAGGAAAAGAAUGCAUCCUCGUGAAGUUCAUCGGGACAGACAACGAGCCGCUGAUCUGAUGAGAUGAAUUCCAAUAAAAACAACCAGAGAAUGAUGAAGAAGUAGUUUUCAUGGCUUUCACAAGUCCAAAGGUGAUAUCGAAAUAUUUUUAGCUGAUAACUUAGUUGAAAUAUGAAUUUAAGCGAAGAAGGUAUAUUUUUAGAAACCUAGAAUACGUGAGGAUUAAUCCAGACGAAAGAAUCGAUGAAUGUGUUAUGUAAUUAAUACCUUUUAUUUUGCCCUGCGACAAUAAUAGCCAGUGAAUCAUAUCAGGUUUUUUUUAAUGCUGAAUUUGGAUAGAAUUUCGAAAUCUAAAGGAGAUUUAAAUAAUGGGCAUAACUUUUUCCAUAGAGUUAAUGAAAUGUCAUUAAGAUCAUGAGAAAAGGUUAUCAUUUGUUUAAAAAAUGGGGAAUAAUUACAAUCAAUUAUUCGCUACUGGAUUUUCUUGGAAAAAAACACUCCCGGAUAAAACAUUAGGCCCAUUAAUUUCUCGUCAGCCUUACUCAUUGGGUCAGUUAUUAUUGAAAUAUGAAGUAACUUGACACUAUUGAUGAUAAUCAUUGAUUGGAUAUCCGUAGAUUAUUUGUAUAAACAUAGGUCUGUGAUAAAUCAGGGAUCUCGACAUUUAAUUAAUGAAUUAUUAAUUCGUGGCACAGGGAUCCAAACCCAACAAAAAUUAUAUAUUAUUUUUCCUGAAUUCGUUCUGUCAAUUUUUCCUGGAUUUUGUUGCCCAGUCAAUGGAUAGACAAGGUCCAUGUUUUCAGAGGAAAGUAAAAGUAAUGGAUAUAGAGAGUAGAAAAGCGCGAAUGGCGUUAAAUUAAUUGAGGUCCAUGGUAGAUGAUGCAACAACAAUAAUCAAUGUCAAUGUAAACGAUGUUAAUAAGACUGUAUGAAAAUCAGUGUCAACGUAGAUCGUCGGAAAAAAAAUCAAUAAAUAAAAUCGUGAUUCUGCACUGUGGCCAAUCAAUUCUGAGCAGCAAUAUUGUUUACAUGAAUGUGUGUAUAAAUGAUAGGGCAAAUCACGCGAAUGACUGAGACAUUAGGAACAAAAUCACGCAGUAAAAAAAUAAGUCUGAGUAGUUUAGUUAAUUAGAUCUGUCACUAAAAAUAAUUCUAAAAGUUGCGGAAAACCAGAGUAAUUUCCACGGUAAUCAAAGAUAAAUCCAUCGAAUGAAAUAUGUGCCAAUUGUACUACUAAUCAUCGUCGGUAAAAAUGAACUUUAGCACCAUUAAAUAUGAGAAUAAACAAUUUUAAUUACCCAAU